AUGCCACUAGGUGUGAGGCUCAGGGUGCGCUCACUCAUGGUGCACCUGCCUCUACCUACGCCGCUGCUGCUUCGCCUGGUUCUUCUGACUCGUCAGGCCCCGGAGCCAGACCUUGAGCAUGCGCUGGAUGAUUGCCCCAAAACCGUUACAGCACCGCGCCCCUCUUGGGCAGAGAGAGGGACUGACCUACACCAGGACGUCAAGAACCUCAAGCGACAGAGACACAGCGGACAUGAGGGGAGUGUUUAA